CGUUUGAACCGCGCGGAACUGUCACAUUUCAGGUCCUCAGCUAGUGCCAUGAUAACCAUUCUCAUCUGCUUGUUCUGUGCAGUUCAGGGCCAACAGUUGGUCCUCAAGGAGCUGCACACUCUGCACCAGUGGACGAACCUCAGCUUGAGCGAUGAUUUGUCCAAGGGAAAUCGCUUUUUGCCAGUGGAUGUGGACAUUGAGUAUGGCGAUAAGGGCAGACAUCGCACCUUCCUCACAAUUCCGCGACUUGGGAUGACCACACCCUUUACAUUGGCCACCGUGAUCGCGGAUGACAAUGCAGUGGUAGAUAAUCCUAGGCUGGAACCGUAUCCCAAUGAGGAGUGGCAUGUGCCUCCUAAUAAUUGUUCUGGCAUCACCUCCGCAAUUAGGACCUAUAUCGACGAAUGCUGGCGACUCUGGGUGGUGGACUCAGGGCAGGUCAACUCCAUUCAACUAUGUCCUCCCCAAAUACUCACCUUCGACCUUGUCAAGGACGAGCUAAUCCAACGACACUCACUUCCUCCCGAAUCCUACACACCCAGUGUGUCUAUCUUCACAGCUUUGGUGGUGGAUCUUGCAGAGAGUGGAACGCCCAAUCGAUGUGUCGGUGGUAAGGCCUAUAUAGCUGAUGCUUGGGGAUAUGGUCUGAUCGUCUUCGACUCCUUGUCGGGUCGAUCGUGGCGCAUAGAGCACGAGUCCAUGAAGCCGACACCUUUAAUAGGAUUGGCGCGCUCCAGCAACUCCCAGGCCGGUAUAUUCACAGUAAGCCUGAGUCCCAGUGAAGUGGAAGAUCGUUUUCUGUAUUUCCAUACCCUGAAUGCCUUCAACGAGGUCAGGGUUUCCCUUUCCCUUAUCAACAACGAAACUCUUUGGAAAUCACCGAAUGCCAGCGAUAUCGAGGAUCACUUUCGAACCCUGGGCACCCGGGGAAUUCAAUGCGAAUCAGAAGUGAUGGAUCAGUCGGGAAAUCUCUACUGCAGCCUUAUCAGGUUGGGGGCACUCGUGAAAUGGGAAGAAAAAUCCAAUUACACGGCGGACGAUCUGCAAGUGGUGGCUUACAAUCCGCACAAGAUCAAGUUCGUUACGGGCUUAAAGAUCAACCGGAAUUCCAAGGGAGAGGAGGAGCUCUGGGCCUUGAGUAGCCAGCCGAAACUCUUUGUGGGCGGUGCCUUGCCCGAGAACGAGGUCAAGUUCCAAAUAAUUGGCUGCCGAACGGCUGACCUCCUUGCCAAUACGCCAUGCACAGUGGGGGCUGCUGAGGACACGCCCACAAAUGUUUAAAUAAAUCUUAGAUUUAACUAGUUUUAAACUACUUCUAUCGAUAAAUUUUUAUUUGAAUUGCUAACUCUGCAAGGCUGACUGCUACGGAACUUACUUUAGUAUUUCUUGUGGGACUUUCAGCGACCGACAAGCUAAUAAAGCGGCAUUUUUAACUUCCGUACUCAGAGUUCAAAGAAGUAGACCAAAAAAAAUAAAGUAAAGCGCGUUGCUCAGUAUUGACUUUCCUCAAUCUAGUU